CACCCGGGUUACCAGGUGAACAGGCCUCACCACGUGGUUUUUAAAGUUCCAAUUAGUGGUGGUUACUGGAAUUCGAUUGUUGAAAUUGUCUUCAGUCAUGUCUAUUGACGUUGUUGAGAUACUUAAGGAACCAAGAAUGACGAGAGUCUGUGCACCAAUGGUUCGGUACAGCAAACUAGCAUUUCGAAAUCUGGUCAGACGUUACGGUUGUGAUGUCUGCUUCACACCGAUGAUCCUAGCUGACUCGUUUGUGCAAUCCUCGAAGGCGAGGGAUAAUGAGUUUAGCACAAAUACGAGGGAUGAACCUUUGAUCGUACAAUUUGCAGCCAAGGCACCCAGGGAUUUCGCUGAUGCAGCGGAAAUGGUUGCUCCAAGAAAUCGAGUCAUAACGGGGUGAAAUGAGAAGUCAAGAAAGCGUUCCAAUAUUGUUUUUGGAAUAUCUUUGGAGUAGAG